AUGAGUAGAGCAAAGAAUGAUAAAGUGGUGUGUGUAACAGGAGGAUCAGGUUACAUAGCAUCAUAUCUAAUCAAACUCUUAUUACAACGCGGUUACACUGUCAAAACUUCUGUCCGUAACAUUAAUGAUUCAAAGAAAACACAACAUUUGUUGUUACUUGAUGGAGCAAAAGAAAGACUUCAUUUGUUUGAGGCAGAUUUGUUGAAAGAAGGAUCAUUUGAUUCUGUAGUUGAUGGUUGUGAAUGCGUUUUUCAUACCGCUUCGCCUGCAAUUAUCACAACUACUAAUCCUCAGGUAGAACUAAUUGAUCCAGCAGUAAAAGGAACACUUAAUGUUCUAAGGUCAUGUGUAAAAGUUCCUUCUUUAAAAAGGGUAGUUUUCACAUCUUCAAUGUCUGCAGUUUCGUUUAAUGGGAGACCUUUGACACCAGAUGUGAUGAUUGAUGAGACAUGGUUUUCGGAUCCCAUUUUAUGUGAAAAAUUAAAGAUUUGGUAUAUGCUUUCAAAAACCUUAGCCGAAGAAGCUGCUUGGAAAUUUGCAGAAGAAAAUGGGAUCGACUUAGUCUCCAUUAAUCCUGGGUUUGCAAUCGGUCCCAUGUUACCCCCAACUCUUAAUGUCACUAUGGAGUUUGUUCGCAACAUAAUAAAUGCACAAACUUUCCCUAAUGCAGUUCAUAGAUUUGUACAUAUUAGAGAUGUUGCAUUGGCACAUAUUCGAGCAUUUGAAGUUGCUAAUGCUAAUGGGAGAUAUUGUGUAGUUGGACAUGUUGUGCAUGUUUCUGAGGUUUUGAAUAUUUUGCAUCGACUUUACCCAACUUUAACCAUUCCAGACAAGUGUGAAGAUGAUAAACCUUUUCCACCUCUCUAUCAAAUAUCAAAAGAGAAGGCAAGAAAUUUGGGUAUUGAAUUCACUUCAUUGGAAGUGAUUUUGAGAGACACUAUUGAAUCCCUUAAGGACAAGGGGUUCCUCAACAUCUAA